GUACCUCUCGAAGGAUCCUCCGGAGUUCUCUCAUCGUACGCCGACGUGUAUGACUUUAUCGCAAAUGCCAAAUCUAUACUCAGGAGAUCUUACGAUAAGUACGAAAACGGAACAUUCAAGAUCCCUGAAAUGAAUCGGUACACGGUUAUUACCAACAAUCGUGAUAAUAUCGAAGAGAUUAGGAAGGCUCCAGACGAUAAGGCCUCGUUCGAUGAAGCGAUAUUUGAGGACUUUAAGACUCGUUGGACAUUUGGAGAGAAGCUCGCGACACACAGAUAUCAUGUCGCAAUUGUCCGCAAUCAGUUGACCCGCUCUUUGAGUUUGCUCUUCGACGACGUCCGCGACGAAAUUAUGCAAGCAUUUAAUGACCUGAUUCCAAUGAAACAAGAUGGCUGGGUCGCUGUUCCUGCACUGGAUACAGUGAGAAAAAUCGUAUGCAGAGCCAGCAACAGGAUUUUUGUUGGUACCCCUCUUUGUGAAGAUCAAGAUUAUACUGAGCUGAGCGUCAAUUUCACCGUUAAUAUCAUGAAAACGGUGUACAUGUUAUAUAGUAUGCCUGCGCUUCUGCACCCUAUCGUCGCUACAUAUUUCAGUCCAACGGCUCGAAGUGUCCGUCAGGCAAUGAAGCUCCUUCGCCCUAUACUUGAGGAACGGUUUCGUAUGUACGACGAAAACGGCGAUAAUUGGUCAGGGAAACCGGUCGACAUGAUUUCAUGGCUAAUCGAUGAAGCACCAGAGAACGAGAAGCGAAGCGUCCGGGAUCUUACGUUGAGGCUGCUACACAUAAAUUUUGUCGCCAUGAAUACAUCAUCAAACAGUUUUACUCACGCCUUAUUUCACCUCGCGGCGGAACCGCAAUAUAUUGGACCUUUACGGGAAGAGAUUGAGCAGGUGAUCAAGGAGGAAGGAUGGUCAAAGGUUGCAAUGACGAAGAUGCGGAAACUCGAUAGCUUCAUGAAAGAGAGUCAACGGCUAAAUGGCAUCAACCUGCUAUCCUUGAAUCGCAAGAUAAUGUCAGAUUUUACAUUACCAGAUGGUACCUUCUUGCCUGCAGGCUCAUUCGUCGCCACGAAUGCGGCAGGAAUUCAUUGUGACGAUUCUCACUACCCAGAUGCGGAUAAGUUCGACGGAUUCCGGUUCUCGAAGUUGCGCGAGCAGAGCCCCGCGGAGAUCGUGAAACAUCAAAUGGUCAAUACAAGUCCAGAAUAUCUAGCAUUUGGACACGGACGUCACGCCUGCCCUGGCCGGUUCUUUGCGGUGAACGAGCUCAAGGCAAUGAUGGCGUAUUUGAUUUUGAAUUAUGACGUGAAAGCGGAGGUGGAGGGAGUACGACCAGAGAACGUAUACCAUCGUUCUCGAUUGAGCCCAGAUCCGAAGGCUAAGGUGCUAUUCAAGAAACGAGUUGAUGCAUAA